AUGAUUCGCACUUGGCAGAGCACUCCGCGGCGACGAUGGUACAUCACCGGCGGAACCGUCUUUCUGCUCCUCCUGAGCUACUACUUUAGUGUACGAGGACAAAAGGCUGCUCCAGGCGUGGACAGCGCUUGGACGCAUGGUUCGUCCUGGACCUUCGAUUCGGAACGAGAUCAGCGAAACCUCGGCCUCAGCGACGAGCAGUGCGAUGCUGCAUUCCCGGGCUUGUAUGCCGAGCUAGAACGGGCUCGCGACUUUCAUGCGUCGAGAGGCGGCAUCAACACCUCGCAGAUAGCCAUCUGGCUUAAUGAGCCUCCCCGUACACACGCGCAAGUGCGCGUCUUGCUGUACAAUGGCAAUCUGCACAUAGUGGGCGACAAACUGGGCUUCGCUCGACGCGAACGCGUGGGCUCUGCACUUUCAAAUCUUUACCGAGCCAUCUCAGCAGUACCGGAUCCGCGCCAACUGCCCAACAUCGAGUUCACCCUAGACACCCUCGACGACCCGAACCCGCGCACCGGUCGAAGACCAGGCCGAACAGUUUGGGCCUGGGACCGCCACACCAGCGAUGAGGAGACAUGGGUGAUGCCCGACUUCGACGGCUGGAGCUACGCGGGAGGCAGUGUCAAGGGCGGCGUCACGGCCUACAACUCCUUUCGAGAUCAGAUUGCGGAGGUAGAGGACGCACUUGAGAAAGAGGGCGAAGAGGCGGGCGGGGCGUGGGAGGUGAAAACGCCGAAAGCUUUGUGGCGCGGCACGAUAGAUUUGGGGAACUCGAAUGCGCCGCAUAUGCGAGCAGAUCUUGUGAAGGCGGCCGAGGGAAAGAGCUGGAGUGAUGUUAGAGGUGAACACUUUGUGAAACAGGUCGACCAUUGCAGGUGGCAGUAUUUGAUACAUACCGAGGGUUUCGCAUGGGGUGGCCGCCUCCGAUACCUCACGCAUUGCAAUUCCGCUGCAGUCAUCCCUUGGCCUCUACACUUCGUCGCACACUUCUACCCCCUCUUGCAGCCCUCAGGUCCGGAGCAAAACUUCAUCCCCGUCCAGAACGACUGGUCCGAUCUCGACGCGACCAUGACAUCUUAUACCUCCGAAUCCCCCACAUCGUCAAAUCCCAACUCUGCGAAAGCCAUAGCAGCGCGAUCUGUAGCGAUGUUCCGAGAUCGGUAUCUCACUCCCGCCGCCGAAGCCUGCUAUCUACGGCGAAUGGUGAGGCUGUAUGCGGAGGUGCAGAAUUUCGAACCGCAACUGUGGAAGACGGCGAAGAGUGAGGAUGGCACAACCGCGAAGGUACCUAGGGGCUAUGAUUGGGAAUGGUACAUGUUCCAGGAGCCGUGCCAUGCUCCUCCGGACGAGGACGCGAAGACGUCGGAUUUGAUUUUUGAGGAAUAG